CACGUAUUACAUGAUAUCAGCAUUGUGCGAAUUGUCGCCUCUUUCACCUCUUUCCUCAACCUGAAAUCAAGAACCCCUUAACAUGCCGACAGAGCUAGAAGAGCUUGUUGAAUUCCUCCACCAUGGAAACACACCGAUCAGACAGAUUGCAUGCGAAAAUCUAGUCGGCUUUUCGGUCUCACAGCCGGAACUCUUCAAACGCCACCAGCUUCUACCAGUCCGUGACUUGAAGCUUUUGGUCCGCGACUACACACCUAUCGCCAAAAAUGCGAUAACAAUACUUAUCAACCUUUCAGCCGAUGAGGAAGUCUUAGCGGCUCUUGCCGAAGACGAUGCUUUUGUCGAAACUCUUUUAGUCAAACUGGCGAAUGUCAAGGAGCCGAAUGCGGAUGAUGUCGCCAUGUUGUUUGCCAACCUUGCGAAAUCAGAAAAGAUGAAGAAAUUGUUCACGCUGAAACGGAAGGUUCCAGAGGGGGUAUCCAGUUCUGCUAAUGCGAUCGAUCAGCUGAUGGACUGUUUUGUUAAAGGAGCCGAGGGCGCACUUAACAAACACGCCAAUUUCGACUAUCUGUCAUAUUUGUUUGCUGAUCUCUCGAAAUAUGAGGAAGGGCGGGCCUACUUCACUACAAAACAAGAGUACGAUGAUGUUGUACCAGUGACGAAACUAACCGUGUUCACGGAACAUACGAGUGGGAUCCGGAGAAAAGGUGUCGCGUCAACUAUCAAGAACGUUGCAUUUGACCUACCUUUCCAUCCCAAACUCCUGUCCGAAGAUGAGGCUGAUAUUCUUCCCUAUAUCUUGUUGCCUAUCAUGGGCCCUGAGGAAUAUGAUGAGGAAGAAUCUAUGGAUAUGCUGCCAGAUCUCCAGCUGCUGCCGCCCGACAAACAAAGAGACAGCGACACUAGUAUCAUUGUGACACACCUUGAGACUCUGCUGCUGCUUACCACGACGCGUGAAGGACGGGAUAAGAUGAGGGCCAUCAAAGUAUAUCCUAUAAUCCGAGAAUGUCACCUCCAUGUUGAUGACGACGCUGUUCGGGAAGCCUGCGAUAGGCUAGUUCAAGUUUUGAUGCGGGAUGAAGAGGGCGAAGAAAAGCCGCAUCCGCCUAUUGACAGAAAUGCAUAUGAUGACGACCAAAAGGUUGAGGAGCUAUUUUAAGAUUCUGCAUCGCGAAAGGUGCGAAUGUGUCGUGAGGCAUUUAGGAGCCCAUACCAUAGACCAGCCUAGGGGCCUUUAUACAAAAUUCUAAAGACGUUUUCAAAAUUGAGCUUUUCAAUUCGUCUCGGUAAUGAAGUAAAUUCGGUGCUUGGGCAGGCACGAAUUCUAUUCUCAGUGGCGCUUUUACCAGACUGAAAUCUUUUAUGACCAGCCUGUUUGCCCCAAGCAUUUUUUUGACCCACAGAAUAUGUCAGACCGAAAACUUUACCAUAGCCUUCAUAGAUAAUGCUCAAAUAAUCAGAAUAAAUACAAGAUAAGUCUUCUACUGUGAUCUCAGCUCUUCCAUUGAUCUAUCUACCAGACAUAGUGAUGGUGUGAAGGAUGGCUGAAAUAAUUCUUUAAUCUGUCCUGGCCUGGGUAGAAGGUAAUUCAGAUAGUAAUAAUAAGAACUCAUUGACACUAUGAAGGCCCACAACUUGAGUUAAUUUCCGUAAAAAUACAACGUAGCCCACAAUAUGGCAUUCUGUGAGCAGUGGUAACACC